AUGGAUUCUGAAGCUUUUGGUGCUGAAACUGGCAGCAGCAGGGUUUUGAGCCUACCCGUACUAAUCACAGGGGCUCUGAUAUUGGUGGUUUGUUGCAAGAUUUCGGUGUCAUGGAUGGUGAUUUUAGUGUCUCCAAUUUUGUUCUUUCACAUAUCAAUGUUGCGGACGAGUUUAACGUUGAUAUAUCUUGUAGCUCGUUACGCGUGGCUCCUCACUCUUUUGGAGGGACUGAUAGCCCCAGCGCCAACUAAAUUACAGUAUGGCUGGUUGAAUUUGAGGCCGUCCAUCGACCCUCGUACAGCCCGGCUUUAUGCAAGGGCUAUAGAGCUUUUGGAAAUGAAAAUCAGAUUUGAGGAUCUAGGGAACCAACUCAAGUCUACGAACCACCCUGCUUUGGCUUUUCUACUCGAAUCUCAUGACAAGGACCUCAAAUGUCUUGACAAGGCCCUUUACAAGGAGUUGGAGUUGUGUGGGAUUCCGACUUCAAAGAACAUAAGACACAGAAAAGAUAAAUGA